CCAACCCCCACCCUACUGGACAGUACACUCAAAGUCCAAACAACCCUAGCCCAGAAGAACUCUCCCUUUCUCUCUCCUCAUCUGUCUCUCUCUCUUCCAAAUCUUUCAACUACUCUUUUCAAAAGUAUUACUAUUGGUUUCUCUUUCUUCUCUCUCUGUUUUUAGCAUUAUUUCAGAAAAAAAAUUUGGGCAAUUUUGUUUAGGGAUAGUAAAAAUGGAAGUGAAUAAUUUCAGCUCUGAUAUAGUUGCUUUUGGGAAAAUAGUGAUGAACUCUGUUCUUGAAGUUGUUGUAGCUGAGACCCUUUUGGCUGCUCAGAGAUCUGUUGCUUCUCUGCUCAUUAUGACAGGAUGUUUGCUGAAGGAUGGUGCUCCGUUGGCAGCUGCUCCGUUCUCAGAGUUGCUAAGCGCUGCUCCAUUGUCAGAGUUGGUUAGCCCCGAUAAAAGGUUUCCCUUUGGGUUGCUUGAUCAAAAGAACGAUGCUUGUCCUGAGAACGAAGAUGGCAGUGAUACAGAGGAUGAUGAUGAAGAUGAUGAUGGAGAUGCUGAGGAUCAGGAUGACGAGGAUGAUGCAAAUGAUGAAGAUUUCUCCGGUGAAGAAGCUGGAGAUGAUGACGAAGAAGGAGAUCCUGAGGCGGAUCCUGAGGCUAAUGGUAACGAAGGGAGCGAUGAUGACGAUGAAGAUGACGAGGAUGGUGAUGAGGAAGGCGAUGAUGAUGAGGAAGAGGAAGAGGAAGAUGACGAUGACGACGAGGAAGAAGAUCAACCACCUGCUAAGAAGAGAAAGUGAACUGUUUGUUAGAUGUUUAUUCUGCUCCUCUAUCAUGGUUGAGAGUAUGUAGUGGAAAGAGGGAGGUUUAGCUUUUCUGUGUCUCUUCAAGUGUAGGAAAUUAAUCAUCUUUGUUCAGAACAAAUGAACUUGCUUCUAUCAUGUGGAUUGUUACCUAUGAAACAUGUUUUAUUUGAUUGGAUUAACAUACUGCAUGCUUUAGUAA